UGAGCUGUGCUGCCGCUCCUUCCACCGUCGCCAAUCAUCCACCCCACCCCACCCCACCCAUCGCCGUCGCUUUCCUCCUCUCUUCUGAUCCUUGUCCUUUACGCGCCCACACCUGUCUGUCGCGGGCGCGGAAAAGAGAGCAGGGCGGAACGGAACCGCACGGCGACGGCGUCGAGGGGAUGUCGGGGGCGGCGUGGGGCGGCACCACGCAGAAGUGCGCGUCGUGCGGGCGGACGGUGUACCCCGUCGAGGAGCUCGCCGCCGACGGCCGCGUCUACCACCGCCCCUGCUUCCGGUGCCACCACUGCAAGAGCACGCUCCAGUUUAGCAAUUAUUGUUCCGUCAAAGGUGUCUUGUACUGCAAGCCUCACUAUGACCAGAUAUUAAAAUCAACCGGCAGUUUGGACAAAAGUUUUGAAGGUGUGGCCAGAUCAGCUAAGUCAGAAAAAUCAAAUGGACCUAAGGGCCAGCAAAAUAGUAGAUUCUCUAGUAUGUUUGUUGGCACACAAGAGAAGUGCGUAGUUUGUAACAAGACUGUGUACGCUCUUGAAAAGGUUAGUCUUAAUGGAAACUCUUAUCAUAAAUCAUGCUUCCGUUGCACCCAUGGGGGUUGUACACUCAGCCCAUCCAAUCAUGUCACACAUGAAGGCAAACUUUAUUGCAAGACCCACCAUUCUCAGUUGUUUAUGGUUAAGGGAAAUUUCAGUCAGUUUGAGAACUCUGCGAAUGCAGAAGUGGCUACUGAGAAAGAACCAGGAACAGAAGAAGCCACCAAGAACCUAGUUCAAGGUGAUGAACUUAUGGAGAAACCAUCGGAAAGCAAUCCUACAGCUGAAAAAUCAUUACAAAAUGAUGUUGCAGCUGAAAAGCAAUUGCAAAAUAUCAUUGCUGUCACAAAACCAUCUGAAAGCACUACAACAGUGCAGAGUGCAGCAGAAAGUGAAAGAGUUAUUGAGAGUGAGUCAAAGAGUAAUGUUGUCAGCAAGAAGCCAUCGGAAAGUAGUGUAGAAAAGCCACUGCAGAACAGUUUGGUUGAUGUAAAACCAUCAGGAAGCAGUGCAGCCAUAAGAAAAAUAUGGCAGCGCAGUCUUCAUACAGAUAAACCGUUACUGAGUAGUACAACCACUGAAAAGCCAUCACUGAGCACUGUUACCAUUGAGAAGCCAUCAUCAAGUAAUAAGGUUGAUGUGAAACAGUCUGAAAGCAGCACAGUAGUAAAAAAGUCAUGGCAACGGAGUGUAGCUACUGAGAAUCCACCACAGAGCAUUUUACCAUUGGAAAAGCCAUCAGCGACCAGUGCAGAUGAUGGGAAGCCAUCAGAAAGUAACAAUGUGAAGCCAUCAGAAAGCAACAAUGUGAAGCCAUCAGAGAGCAGCAAAGUGGCCAAAAAACCAUGGCAACGCAUUGUGGCUGCUGAGAAGCAAAUACAGAAUAGUGGCCCAGUUGAGAAGUCACAGAACAGUGUACCUACUGAGAAGUCAUCACCGACCACUGAUAUGAGGCCAUUAGAAAGCACUACAGAAAUUAAAAGGCCUUGGGAACGCAGGGUGUUCAAUCAUAAGCCACUGAAGAGCAAUGUUGAUACUGAGAAACCGUCUGCAAGCAGUCUGGUUGAUGUGAAGCCAUCGGAAACGAGUACAGUAGCCCCUGUGCCACAGCAACACACCGAAACCACCGAGAAACCUUCAGAAACCAGUGUGGAUGAUGCGAAGCCAUCAGAGAACACUGCGGUAGUAGUUAAAAAGUCAUGGCUACACAACAUAGGCACUGAGAAGCAACCCCAGAGCAGUGCAGUUGUUGCAAAGACAACUGAAAGUAGUGGAACUGUCAAAAGGCUGUGGCAGCGCAAUGUUGCAACUGAGAAGCCAUCACAAAGUGGUUCGGGGGUUGUGACAGCCUCACAAAGCAGUGUGGCUGUCGCAAAGCCAUUCCAGAGCUACAUGUCUCGGAAGAAGUCAUGGCAAGGAAGUGUGGCUCCAGAAAAACAGCCUGAGAGUGAUAUGGCUAGCAAAAAUAAGCCAUUGCAAAGCAAUACAGUUGUCGAGAGUCUGCUGGAAAGCAACACAGCUGUUGAGAAAAUGUUGCAAAGCAGUGUACCUGCUAAGGAACGACAGCAAGUCACUUUGGCCACUGGAAACAAAUUGCAGCUCAGCAAAGAUACAAAGAAGAGCAGUGAUACUUCCGAUAAGCCAUCAGCAACAAGUGAGACAGCUGAAGCGUCGUCAUUUGCUGCAAAUAUAUUGCAAGGUGAUGUUUCCACAGAAAAACCAUCGCAAACUGACAUGCCUACCAAGGCACCAAGUCAGAUCCCUGGGCCUGCUGAGAAGCCAUCAGAAAAUGUUGUUAAAAUUGGGAAGUCGUCACAGAAUGACACUGGUGCUGAGAAGCUACCUCAAAGCAGUAUCACUGAGAAGGUAGAAAGUGUAUCAGCCACGUUGAAACCAUCUCAAAGCGAUACAGCCCAUCAUAAGAUCUUGGAGAGGAAGACAGCGACUGAGAAAAUAUUGGAAAGUGCCAUGGCUGCCGAGAAGCUACCUCCAAGUACUUCGAUCACUGAGAAGCCAUCAAUAGAAUAUGCUGCAGUGGAGCCAGUACAAACCAAUAAACCAUCUGUGCAACCACUUCAAACUGUAGAGGAUGAUGAGGAACCACUUCAAAGUGAAGAGAUUGCCAAGGAAACGCCACGUGUUGAAAUAUCUCUUGAGAGGCCACCUCUAAAUGAUGCCACCAUCAUGAAGACACUAGAGCCUGAAAGUGAUGCGACUUCCGGCAAACCAACCAAGGAAUUAUCAGGACAUGAAGGACUUUCAACUGGUGAGAAUUCUUCGGACUCUGAAAGCAAUCCAAAAGCUGAGAAGCCACCAGAACCUAAAGACAUGGCUGAGAAGGCAGCUGACCAGAUAGUGGAAGCAGAAAAUGAUGCAGCUGCUGAGCACUCAUCAGAAUCUCAAAGCGUUGCACCUGCUGAGGUUCCAAAAGAGCAAACAUCAGAAUAUCGGAAGGAUGAGGCUAUGGGGCAGUCUCUGGAACAUCAACAUGAAGAAGAUCCUGGGAAUCCACCAGAGCCUGUUAGUGAUUCAACUGCCAAGGAGUCAUCAGAGCCUGGAAGUGACAUAGCUGCUGAAAAGCCAGCAGAAUCGCAAAGCAAUGCAGAUCAGUCAAUCAGUCAGUCAUCAGAAACGCAAAGCGAUGAAGCAGUUGAGAAGACAGCAGUAAGUCAAAGUGGCACGGGUAGUGAUAAGCCUUCUGGGCUUCAAAGCAAUGCAGCUGCUGAUAAACUAUCAGCACAGCCAUCAGAGCAUGAGAGCAAUGUAUCUGUCGAUAUGCCAUCAGAGUCUCAAACUGAUGCAACUAACAUGGAGCCUCAGAUUGAUGCUGCUCCUGAUAAUUCAACUGAGAAGUCAUGGGGAACUGAAAGCGAUGCUGUUUUUGAGAAACCGUCAGAAAGCAGUUCAGCUACUGAGACACUGCCUGUAGGCCCUCCUCUGAACAGCAGCAUAACUACUGAUGAACCUGUACAAGGCAGCAUUUCUGAUGAGGCACCACAUCAGAGCAGUGCACCCACAGAAACACCAUCAGGAAGCGACACGGUUGUUGAGGAUUCAAUACGCGAUGAAGAAAUCAGCAGUAAACCAUCAGAAGAAAGCACAGCUCUGGAGAAGCCAUCCGAGGAAGAAGAGGUGAGUGCCAAGCCGUCGGAGGACAGUGUAACUUCGGAGAAGCCAUUGGAGGAAGACGAGGCCGAUGCACAGUCAUCAGAAGACAAUGCUGCUCUCAGGAAACCAUUGAUGGAAGACAAGGUGAGUGCCAAGCCAUCGGAAGACAUUGUAACUCCUGAGAAGCGAUUGGAGGAAGACGAAGCAAUUGCGAAGCCAUCAGAAGAUAAUGUUGCUCCUGGGAAACCACUGGAGGAAGACGAGGUGAUUGCGAAGCCCUCAGAGGACAUUGUAACUUCUGAUAAGCCAUUGGAGGAAGGCGAGGCAGAUGCACAGUCAUCAGAAGACAAUGCUGCUCUUGGGAAACCAUUGAUGGAAGAUGAGGUGAGUGCCAAGCGAUCGGAAGACAUUGUAACUCCUGAGAAGCGAUUGGAGGAAUACGAAGCAAUUGCGGAACCAUCAGAAGACAAUGUUGCUCCUGGGAAACCAUUGGAGGAAGAUGAGGUGAAUGCGAAGCCCUCAGAGGACAUCGUAACUUCUGAGAAGCCAUUGGAGGAAGGCGAGGCAAGUGCGGAGCCAUCAGAAGGCAAUGCUGCUCUCAAGGAACCAAAAGAGGAAGACGAGGUGAGUGAGAAGCCCUCGGAGGACAUCGUAACUCCCGAGAAGCUAUUGGAGGAAGCCAAGGCAAGUGCGGAGCCAUCAGAAGGCAAUGAUGCUCUUGGGGAACCAAAAGAAGAAGACGCGGUGAGUGCCAAGCCAUCGGAGGACAUUGUAACCCCUGAGAAGCCAUUGGAGGAAAGCAAGGGAAGUACAGAGCCAUCAGAAGACAGUGCUGCCCUUGGGAAACCAUUGGAGGAAGACGAGGCUAAUGCAAAGUCAUCAGAGGACAUUGUUCCUCUUGAGAAGCCACUGGAGGAAGAGGAAGCCAGUGUCAAGCCAUCAGAGGGGGGCGUGGCUCUUGAGAAGUCAGCCACUGACAAGCCAUCAGAGGAAGAAGGCGUGGCCAGCGAGAAGCCGUCUCAGGAUGAUGCUGUCAUCGAGGCGCCAUCACAAGACGACAUGGACUCGGCCACAGAAAGGCCAUCAGCUACAAAUGACACUGCAAAAACUGCCUGAGACAGCAGUUAGCCGGUUACAGUUAGUUAGCAAGAGUUUUUAACAGACAUGGAUCGGGUACUACUGUUGAUAGUUUGGUGUGCCUUUUGUUUGUUUCUUGCUGUAUACAAUGCUUGAGUUGUAAAAUUUGAGGGAAAAACUAUAGGUAUUGAUUUGAUUUUGUUCACAAGCAAUAAUCCCCUCCUCCCCAUGUUAGGAGGAUACCAUUGAGGUUAUAUAUAGGAUUUGUGUGCGGGUUUGAUUCUUUGCUGCUGCUGUUGUACAUCAGAUGAUGUAAUUUGUAAAUUAUUUGAUCCAAAUAAUUACGCUUAUGUUUGCUCAUUA